UCCAUUCAAAGAGACACUAGCAGAUGUUCACGUGCUUCUCUGAAUCUUCGUGGGUGUGUGCACAGGUAUGUGCAGGACUUCUGUGUCAGUAUUUAAACACCAAAGAUAUGUUACCUCCCCACACUUGCUCUGCCAUCAUGGAUGUGAAAGUUGGGUUUGUGAUUGUGUUCCUCUGCACACUGGCCAUCACCUCCACUGAAGCUGGAAUUCCAAAAUGCUGCAUGAGUACAAAGAGUGACAUCCGGGCACGAAUACUAAUGAACGUUCAAAGAUGGGAGAUGCAGGAAAGCAACGGUGCCUGUGACAUCCAAGCACUUGUACUGUAUGUAAAGAACUUUAAAAAGCCAGUAUGUGCUCAUCCCAAUUUGAGGCGAAAACUGAAGAUCAUUCUGAAAAUAAAGGACCAGAUGGCGCACCAACGUCCUUCCUAGAACAAGGAGCAAAAAAAACAUCUUCUCCAAAUGUUCGUGUAUCAUGUUUCCCACAAAAGGUGUUUUUCAGAGUUUUUAUUAUGUAAUAAUUAUCAUUUAGUUCCACCUCAACUGCCUGCAGCAACAUUGCUUACAUGUUAAGGCAUUAGUGCAGUAAUAUCACAUUACUUCUGCCAAUAUACUUUAGUUGUACAUUGACAGAUACCAUCCUACUUCUGAGUUGCUACUUUAAGUGUAUUAUGCUGUAUGUAAGAAAAAAACAUAGGUUUGCAUGUAAUGGAAUAUGAAGAAAUUGAGUUUUUUUUACAGUGUACUAAAACUUUUUAAACUGUAUAAUGAUGCAACUAUAUCUUGUACCACUGCGUUGACGCAAAUAGAUAUUUUUUUUUUAAAAAACACUGUAAAGUGUGAUGUCUAUUUUCCUUUUACUUUGUUUUCUAUUGAUCUGCAAAUAUAGAGUAGUUAGGAUCAUCAAGCCAUCAUUAGACUACCAGCAUGCAGCUUGAUACAGUAGUAGUUAACACAGUUGCUUGGCAAAAGAAGGGCUGCUGGUUCAGUUCCAACUAGAGACACAAAUUCCUUUUGGGGUUGUGUCAGGAAGGUCUCUGUCUAAUCAAAAAUGUUGUACUACCUGGUGUCAUGAACUUUUGUGACAAGUAGCUUCCAUGUUAAACUUCAGCUGAAUUGCAUCAUGGUAGCAAAGCUGCUUUUGCCAACAACAUUCAGUCAUUUCAGGAAGUGUCUUUCUUAAAUGUUGGUAGCAGGAAACAAAUCCUUGAGAAAUCCCUUUAAAAAGGAAACAGGCCUCUGCUAUUCACUUAUAUUAAAGCUCUGGAAAUAAAUAUGACCUACUCCAAAUAGCUUCAAGUAACAUUAGAUGGUUAAAAAUAGCAAAGAUUAUUGUUAAAAUGUAUUUUGCAUACUAGAGGUAUUUGAAAAAAGUAAAAAGAAGAAGAAAAAACACCAAACGCACACUGUGGUGUGUUACUAUAGCUCACUUAGUUGAGCUGUUCUAAAGGUGCUGCAGGGGCCUGGAGCAAUGUCUGGUCCAGACCCGUUUCUGCAUGUUACUGCUGCUGUCUAGUCCUCAAAAAAAAGAAAGAAAAAGGUGCACGACAUUCCUUUUAACCUUUUAAAAGUGACCCAUAUUCUUUCUUACUUCUUUGUGUGGCAUUCAUUUUCUCUAAUUCGGUAUCCAUGAGUCAGAUUCUGUUUAAAUAAAGGUUAUUACACAUGUCUGAACUUGUCUUAGUGGACAAUACAUUAGCCUGCUGUUCACUGAUAGUUUAAGCACAGAGGUAAAAGUGAAAGUAAGGUCAAUUUUUACUAAGCAUUUGAGUACUGUUCAAUAACCUUUAUAUUUAUCUUUAUCACUGUUAUCAUUUUAGUAACAUGAUUUUUCAAAGAGCUACUGACUGGUUAAAGUACAUGUUCACACACGUCUCAGUGUUGGUGGGUGGGUGCACAGAUAUGUGUCAGUAUUUAAACACCAAGGACACGUUUCCUCCCCACACUUGCUCUGCCAUCAUGGAUGUGAAAGUUGUGCUUGUGAUUGUUUGUCUGUGCAUUUUGGCCAUCACCUCCAGUGAAGCUGGAAUUCCAAAAUGCUGCUUAAAUGCAAAGAAAAAAAUCCAGCAACAGACACUGUUGAACGUUAAAAGAUGGGUGAUGCAGGAAAGCAACGGCACGUGUGAAAUCAAAGCACUUGUGCUGUACGUAAAGGGCCAGGAAAAGCCAAUAUGUGCUCAUCCUAGUGUGCUCAUAAGACUGAAAAGGAUCAAGGGGAAAAGGCCAUAGGGUGUGGAACAGAAACUCUCUUCUCCAGAAAUUUUCAUAUCAUCUGGUGUUUUCAAGAGUUUCAAGAGCCUUCAUGUAAUUGCUUUCUUUUAUUUUGAUCUUAAAGGCAGCUACUGCUACUGUAACUCUGUUGCUAAGAAACUUUGCAUGUACUCAGGUACAUUUUAGAGGUACUACUAUUAUUUUAUAUUCUGAUGUUUUACCCAAAUACCAUAUAGAUGUCAUCACUUUUCAUGAAUUGCUAUUACUAAAGGUACAUGAGUCAGUUAGAUUUGUCUCCAUCUCAGCUGCCUGUAAGACUACUGCUUACACGUUAAGACAUUUAUAGUGAUGGUGUGUAACAUAGAAUCCAGCAUUGACAGAUAUCAUUCUCGGGCAUUUCAUUGGGUAUUUUUAUAGUAUUGUAUCCAUUUUUAAACUGUUCAGUCCUCCAGGUAUAUCUUGUUCUACUGCAUUUAUACAAACAGAAUAAAAAAAAAGUCACAGCGA